CUACUGUGGUGAAUAAUACUGUUCUAUCGUCGGACUCUCGGCGGAGCCCUCUAUAACUGCGUAUGGGUGUUUUGUCACGUCAUUUUUUGGCGCAAUUUCUUGGCGUUCUUUCAUUGAUUUGUGCGAUUUGUGCUGUUCAUUUUUGGGAGAUUUCUUGGAAAAAUGGAAGGUUUUGACGAUGCUGGAGUAUUUUAUUCUGAUAAUUUCGGUGAGGAACGUCCUCAGCAAGUCAACUUGCAGGCUAUCAAGAAGCAGUACAAGGAAUUUUUGUAUAAAUUCCAUGAGGACACUUUCAAUUUCAAAUACAGGGAUAACUUAAAACUUAAUUAUAUCAAAGGGAAAUAUUUUCUGGAAGUGGAAAUGGAAGAUCUCGUAGGAUAUGAUGAGACAUUAGCAGAUAAACUGUACAAACAUCCUAGUGAACACCUACCUGUAUUUGAGGAAGCUGCUCGGGAAAUUGCAAAUGAAUCCAUUCAACCACGUCCUGAAGGAGAUGAGAAAGUACAAGAUAUUCAGAUUUUGUUGCGUUCAAAUGCUUUACCGACAAGUAUCAGGGAUAUAAAAUCUGAAUAUAUCUCUCGUCUAAGCACAGUGGCAGGAAUUAUUGUGUCAGCUUCAAAUAUUCGUGCUAAAGCUACCAAAAUGACUAUCCAAUGUCGUUCUUGUAGCAAUGUUAUUCCGAAUAUCUUCUUAAAUCCGGGUCUUGAGGGCUAUGCUUUACCAAGAAAGUGCCCAACUGAACCAGCUGGACGACCCAAAUGCCCUAUGGAUCCUUACUUUAUAAUCCCUGAUAAGUGUCAGUGUGUAGAUUUUCAGAUCCUAAAGCUUCAGGAGCUCCCGGAUUCAAUUCCUCAGGGAGAAAUUCCACGUCACAUCCAGAUUUAUUGUGAGAGGAAUCUUUGUGAACGUGUUGUACCCGGAAAUCGGGUGCUUAUUCAUGGAAUUUAUUCUAUACGAAAAGUUGGUAAGCCUUCCAAACUUGAUGGACGUCAAAAGGCCAUUGUGGGUGUUAGGGCCCCGUACAUGCGGGCUGUAGGGAUAGCCGUAGACACUCAAGGACACGGCAGUAUAUCCAUGCAUACGAAUGUGACCUCUGAGGAAGAGGAAGCCUUCAAGAAACUCGCAUCAAUGCCUAAACUUUACGAUAGGUUGGCCCAAUCUAUCGCCCCUAGUAUUUAUGGAUCCUCCGAUAUCAAAAAAGCAAUUGCUUGUAUGCUGUUUGGAGGUUCACGAAAAAGACUUCCGGACGGAUUGAUUCGUCGUGGAGAUAUUAAUGUUCUUAUGCUUGGUGACCCAGGUACUGCUAAGUCGCAGCUUCUAAAAUUUGUGGAAAAAGUCGCUCCAAUUGCAGUUUAUACUUCAGGAAAAGGAUCUAGUGCGGCCGGUCUCACAGCUUCGGUUAUUCGAGACAGUUCAAGCAGAAAUUUCGUUAUGGAGGGAGGAGCAAUGGUUCUAGCUGAUGGUGGUGUUGUAUGUAUCGAUGAAUUUGACAAAAUGAAGGAAGACGAUCGGGUAGCUAUUCAUGAGGCUAUGGAGCAACAGACUAUUUCUAUAGCCAAAGCUGGCCUUACUACCACCCUAAAUUCCCGAUGCUCUGUUUUGGCUGCCGCAAACUCUAUCUUUGGUCGUUGGGACGAUACUAAAGGCGAGGAGAAUAUUGAUUUCAUGCCAACAAUUCUCUCUCGUUUUGACAUGAUUUUUAUCGUGAAAGAUCAGCACGAUGAACGUCGCGAUCUUACAGUGGCCAAGCAUAUCCUUAACAUACAUUUAAAUGCGAACAAGACCGACAACAACAUUGUUGACGAAGAGAUUUCUCUGGCCAUCCUCAAAAAGUACAUACAUUAUUGUAGGACUACUUGUGCCCCGAGAUUAAGUGUAGAAGCUGGAGAAAAGCUCAAAAGUCAGUACGUACUGAUGCGGAAGGGUGUGCUGAAUCAAGAAAAAGCAUCGGAGAGGCGAUUGACAAUUCCCAUCACAGUUCGUCAACUUGAAGCUGUAAUACGCAUUUCGGAGUCUCUGGCCAAAAUGCAGCUUCAACCAAUCGCCACAGAGACUCACGUCAAUGAGGCACUGCGUCUCUUUCAGCUUUCAACUCUUGAUGCUGCUAUGUCUGGUAAUUUAGCUGGUGCAGAAGGUUUUACCACAGAGGAGGAUCAGGAGAUGCUCAAUAGAAUUGAGCGGCAACUCAAGCGGCGUUUUGCAAUUGGAUCUCAAGUAUACGCCCAAAGUAUCAUUCAAGACUUUUCCCAUCAAAACUACAAUGAGCGAGCUGUUCUCAAAGUUAUUCAUAUGAUGAUUCGGCGUGGUGAGUUACAACAUAGGAUGCAGCGUAAAAUUCUCUAUCGCAUUUGUUAAAGAUGCACUGAAUGUGUCCUUAAUUUUUGGGUGUCGUUUUUCUUACAACAAAUCCACGGAACGAUGUUUGAAUUUUUGUAGCUGCAUCAUUUAAUCUUUGUAGACGUUUUCUUACAAGAAAUCCUCUAAUCUGA